AUGCAGUAUCAGAUCAAGAAUGGCCUGUGCAGCUACACCUUCUGGGUACCUGAGCUUCCAUCCUGCAACCCCUCCAGUUUGGAGGCUUCCAACAACACCCAGAAUAACCAGCCACUCCUGGUACAAAUGAGGCUGUUGUUCGACCAUCAGAUGGAGAAGAUGGAGAACGCACUGAGGAACAACAUGCAGAGGAUGGAGAAGCUGGAGGAGAACAUCCAGACCAUCUUGGGAUCAAAGUUGCAGCAGGUCCAGCAAAACAUAGUCCAGAACCACAUGGCUACCAUGUUGGAGCUGGGUACCAAUCUUCUGAAUGAAACCACAGCCCAGAACUGCAAGCUGACCAACAUGGAGGCUCAGGCCAGCAACCAGACAUCACACAUGGAGCGCCAGAUGAUGGAGACUUUACAGACCACCGACAGGCUGCAGAAGCAGAUGCAAGAGCAGAGAGAGACACUGAACCAGCUGCACAGCAGAAAAAGUAACCUGGAAACCCGGUUGCACACCAUGGAGACUGAGUGGGAGACCCAGCUGGAGGGGCUCCGCAAUGAGAGGGAGAACGUGAGGCAGCAACUGGGCCAACAGAACAGCAGUCUCACGGGCAUCCAGCAGGGCCUGGAAGCCCUGCGCAACAACUCCAACCUCCUGCAGCUGCAGCAGCAGCAGCUUAUGCAGAGCCUGCAGCUCCUCAAACGCAUGCUGGAGCAGGGCGCAGUUUCCUCAUUUGUCCAAUAG